GCUCAUUUCUAAGCCCAAGUCCAUUGAGGAAGGGACCAGAUAGUGAUAUAUCCUAAAUACGGGUACCAUACUGAAAUAGAGAGAUGGAGAAUUGAGAGAGCGAAGCGAAGCGAGAGUGACAAUAAACCCUCAAUUUCAGGCGCAGAAGAUCGAGGAAGAAACCUUGCAGGCAAACAAUGAGAGGAAGAGGCAUUUCAAUCCCUACCAAUUUCAUCGGUAAUCAUGCUCAAAGGUCUUCCUUCUUCGCUCCUUUCUCCACUUCUUCCGGCGGAGGAGGGCGCGGCAGCGGUCGUGGCCAGAUCUUCACUCCCGGCCAAUUCUCCUUCACCAACGAGACACGGAACGCAGACGAGGAGAAGAAACCUGAUGCGGCGGCCGGCAAGCCCGAGCAACCGCCGCCGCGGGAAGCUGGAGGACAAGGUCACGGCCGCGGGAAGCCUCUCGUAUCUGGGCCGGUUUUCCCGGAGUUCUCUUCCUUCAUCUCUUCCCUCAAGCAGACGGCUGCAGCUCCCGGCGGAAGCGGCGGCGGCAUCGGACGCGGGAGCGGGAGAGGCGUUGGUGGGGAGGUACCGCGGUCGGAGAAGCCUGCGCCUGGUGCUCCGGCUGCGGGUACUCCGCCAGGAAGAGGCUCUGUUCUUCCGGCGAAGGAGAGCUAUCUGCCUUCCAGUUUGAGGUCUACGCUGCACAGUUUCGGCCGCGGGAAAUCUGAUGCGCCGGUGGUGGCAGAAGGAAUACCGGAGAAGGAAGUGAACAGGCAUAUUCGUAGUGCUAGGGUGAGCCCGAGAGCAGAGGGUGACGAUGGUGAUGGAGCUGGCGAGCAGAUUCAUAGAAGGCCGAGGUUUAGCCAGGAGGAGGCAGCGCGGCGAGGUGGAGACGAGGGAGGUGAAGGGAGGAGAAGAGGUGAUGGCGAAAUGCAGAUGGGGCGUGGCCGUGGUACUGGUAGGGGGCGAGGAAGGGGAAUGGGGAGAGGGAGAGGGAGGGGAAGGGAGAGGGGAGAUUUUGGCGGUGGAAGGGGAAGGGGGCGGCAGAGGGAUCAACUGGCUGCUGAUGAUGAUUCAGAGGGGGAGGACUUUGCUCUAGGAAACAAGGCUGAUGGAGAGAAACUGGCACAAACUGUUGGUGUUGAGUUCAUGAACCAGCUUGUUGACGGGUUCGAAGAGAUGGGUAGUAGAGUUUUGCCAUCACCUCUUGAGGAUGAAUUCUUGGAUGCAUUAGACACCAACUUCAAGAUUGAGUUUGAGGAAGAAUACCUUAUGGGAGAAUUUGAUCAGAACCCAGACAUUGAUGAGAAACCACCUAUGCCCAUACGGGACAUGUUGGAGAAAGUGAAGCCAUUCUUAAUGUCCUAUGAAGGAAUCCAGAAUGAAGCGGAAUGGGAGGAGGCGGUUGAAGAAACAAUGAAGAAUGUGCCAUUAUUGAAAAAGAUAGUUGAGCACUACAGUGGACCUGAUCGGGUAACAGCAAAACAACAACAACAAGAGCUGGAAAGAGUUGCACAAACCAUUCCUGCUGCUGCUCCUCCUUCUGUGAAACGUUUCGCUGAUCGAGCCGUUCUUUCUCUUCAGAGCAAUCCCGGGUGGGGGUUCGACAAGAAGUGCCAGUUUAUGGACAAGCUAGUAAUGGAAGUAUCGAAAAGUUAUCGAUGAUUAUUAGUACGAUUGCUGCAGCAGUUCGGGGGCGAGCUCAUUUCUCAUCAUUCUCUGGAUACUGUUUCAAUUUUAUGAUAUCAUUCUCUGGAUACUGUUUCAAUUUUAUGAUAUCAUUCUCUGAAUUUGUUCAAUUCGCUCUGGGAAACCCCAAGGAUAGUAGAUUUUUCAUAAUGUUCAGUAGUCAGUUUUAUUUUAUCACUACUGUAAACUCACGAGGGAUUUGGUGAUGAAAAAUACAAGUUAUCUUUAUCCCACUAUUCCCACUAGAUUUGACCGUGCCCUUUGGGCAGGUAACUUUUGUGUAAUAUGGCCAUCAAAGUAACAAAAUGCCAAAUAGAGUCCUCAGAAGGCCAAAUAUCUUAAGAAAAUCACAAUCCAUAACCCAAAAUUCAGCGCCUGGAGACAUCACGGAAAGGAAAAAGAAACCAUGCAGCUCAAUUCACCGUUCAAAUUCAAAAGAAAUAGAGGAAGAAGUUAUUUUCAUCUUGAUGGAGAUUCUGAGAGAAGUUUGGUGGGCAUCUAGUGUGGCCUUGCAGGUUGAAGUCCAGUCAAUCUUAUAAAGAAGAAUCCCAUAAAAUCCUCUCACCCAUAGUUAAGGUUAUUUAACGGCUUCCAGGCUCCAGCGAGCAAGUGAAAUCCCGUAAAAUGAUAAAUUAAAAAUCUCGACGAAACUCAGGUUGGCUCUUAGUACGUCGAUGGCGCUUGGAAAACGGAGCAGGAAAUAUGUGAAGGUACCGUUUUUAAAUCUGUCAAAAAUGGACCCGGAAAAAUUCGCUCAAAUUGUUGUUUAAUAGACCUAAUCAUCGUGAAGAAUAGAAGUCGAUUCUGUGAUCUGUAGCCAUCAAAAUCCAAGGAAAAUGGUCAUUCGAAAAAAUCGCACAAAAUUACUAAAAUGCACUCCACAAAAAUCAAUGCAAAUCGGCGAUUAAUAGACUUCAAAAUUCAAGGAAAAUGGUCCUUAAAAAAAGUUGCACGAAAUCUAUGAUGGUACCCUCAUUAGUCAUUGGCAUCUGCCAAAACUGGACCCAGAAAAAAUUCGCCCAAAUUUCUACUUGAUAGACCUAAUUAUUGAUGAAGAAUAGCCCCAGGCCGAAUCCGUGAUCUUUAGCCUUCAAAAUCAAAGGAAAAUGGUCAUUCGAAAAAAAUGACAAAAAAUUACGAAAAUUACCUAAGAAAAAAUCAGCAGAAAUUGGCGAUUAAUAGUCUUCAUCAUCGAUGAAAAAUAGUCCCGGGACAAAUCCCUUAUUUGUUGCCCAAAAAAUCAGAGGUAAAUAUUUUAUAAAAAAAAUCGUCUGAUAUAUGUGAUGGUACCCCUUUUGAAUUUGUCAAAAACAGACAUGGAAUAAAUUGCCCAAAUCGGUGCUUAAUAGACCUAAAAAUCACGAAAGAAUUACGAAAAUGUCAUCCCAAAAUAAAUUGGCCAAAUUCUAUGCCUAAUGGAUUUAAUCAUUGGUGGAGAAUGAGAUCAAUAGACUUCAUUAUCGGUAGAGAAUACCUCGGUUUGAAUCCGGGAUCUGUAGCCUGCAAAAUCGAAAGAAAAUAGCAUUUCAGAAAAAGCGCCCAAAAUCUGUGAUGAUACCCAUUUGGAAUCUGCCAAAAAUGGACUCGGAAGAAAUCCUCCCGAAUCCGUGCUUAAUGGACUUACUCGUCGUUGAAAAAUAUCCUGAAGCUGAAUCUGUGAUAUGUAGCCUUCAAAUACAUGAAAAAUGGCAUUUAAAAAAAAAUCGCCCAAAGAAUUACGACAAUGUCAUCCCAAAAUAAAUAGGCUUACUUCUA